AUGAAGCGCAGCGGUUCCUCGACGACGAGCCUGACGGACAUGGGCGUGCCGGCCGCCUCCGCCGAAGACAAGCUCAACAUCUUCGAGAGCGGGGAGGAAGGGACGCUAGACUACCGCCUCCGCUUCGCCAUGGCGGAACACGCUCACAGCCAGCAGGUGAUAUCCGUCUGGCACGACAUCCCCCUCUACGUGCGCGACGAGGCGGAGAAGUGCACCGGCCACCUCAACUUCGUGUGCGAGAUCCCCCGCUGCUCCCGCAAGAAGUUCGAGAUCGCCACCAACGAGGUCGGGAACCCCAUCAAGCAGGACACCAAGAAGGGGCUGCUGCGGGAGUUCAAGAAGGGCGACAUAUUCUUCAACUACGGGUGCUUCCCGCGAACGUGGGAGGACCCGGAGCACGUGCACCCGGACACCAAGUUCCCCGGGGACAACGAUCCGCUGGACGUGUGUGAGAUCGGGCUGCGGAUCGUUGCGACGGGGGACGUGCGGCAGGUGAAGGUGCUCGGCGUGCUGGCCAUGAUCGACGAAGACGAGACGGACUGGAAGGUAAUCGUAAUUGACAGGGAGGACCGAUGGGCGCCGGAGCUUAACGACGUUGAGGACGUCGAGCGCCUUCUUCCCGGCGUCGUGCCCGCCAUCCGCGAGUGGUUCCGCACGUACAAGGUCCCCGAUGGCAAGCCCGAGAACAAGUUCGCGCUGGACGAGCGGUGCAUGGGGCGGUCCUACGCCAUGAAGGUGGUGUCCGAGUGCCACUUGGCGUGGCGCAACCUCGUGGGCAAGGCCGAGCUGGGGGAGGUCAAGAGCAACCUCUCCGUGUCGAGACUGAGCGACAUGGGGUCGGACAUCGAGCUCGAAUCUGCGACGAACGCCCUCGAGGACGAGGCGGACGGCGGCGGCGACGGGGGCGGCGGCGCGGGAGAUGACGACGAGGAGGGCGAGUACCCGACUAGCCUCAUCGCAUAAGGAGGAGGAGGGGUGUUUUGUGUGUGGCGGCAGGGAUGUGGUCAAAUGCUCCCGGCCCUCGGGGGGAGCAUUCAUACCCGGAAUUGACUUCUUGUUGAUCACUAUUUGCGUGAUGAGGGAGAGGGGUUAGGAUUCUGCACGUCUUUGCCUUGCGCCUCGCUGCAGCUAGCGGCUGCCCUGCCCGGACUGGACAGCAUUUGUAUGGGGGCGCUGUUUGGAGGUUUUACCCGUUGUGUUGCCCCCAGGGGGCUGGCCUGUUUUUGAGGGAUUUUCGGAUGGUAGCCUAGUUGAAUGUUAUCGUGGGAGCGCCCUAACGUCUUUUUGCGUGUUCCCGUGUGGUUGUGUGGAUAGCGGAGAGAAAGGGAGGGGAGAGGAUACUCAUCGGGUGCGUGUAUGCAAGGCUUCUGACUUUGUAAGGUGAGGCCGAACUGGGAAAUGGGGCACGCGAGGUAGUGUGCGGGUUGAAUAUAAUACCGCCGUGUGGCAUGACACGUGAGGGGGUAACCGCUGGGGGUACGUACCCGGGUUCUUCCACUCCGCGAAGUGGUGGGUUGCCCCGCCACUUUUUCUGGUGUUGGUUGGGGUUGUGGUUGUUGAUCCUAGAUUGGAUCGGAUCAGAUCCGCUGAGAAUGGGGGUAUAUUGCGGUAUUAGUGUGAUAAGAUAUGAACAAAUCGAUGUGUGACCUUUGCGUUUCUUGGCUCUAGUGUUGUGGUGCAUUUCAUAGUAACGAAGCCUUCCCGGCAAGGCUUACUGUCUCAACUCUUGCCUAGCUGCGAGAAUGAGCCGUCGGCUGCUGUUGUAUGAUGCACGUC